ACGCUUGAAACAGAUUUGAAAAAAGAACAGAGGAUCUCAGGCUGCGUAUAUUUUCUGAAGAAAAAAGUGAAAUAAAAAUGUAAAAAAAGCUUUUCCGGCUUUUCCCUUUUUUAUUAAAAAAAAAAAAAAAAAACCUUUGAAACACCAAAGAAAUUUUGCAUAGAAAUUUUGCAUAUCUUUCUUGAUAAAAGUACCUCCCUGAAUUCUCGAUACGGUACAAAAUCAACAAGUACUAAAAAUAACGGAUUGCCGGCAAUUCAAAAUUCCCUUCGAAAAAUAUCCCUCAAAUCGCGCUACCUGUCGGAUUUUUUCAGUACUUCUCAGUGUUUUGUUUUUAUUUUUCUGUGCAAAAAUGACUGAACAAUUGUACACCGCUUUGUCUUCUAUCAAGGAAUUGCGUUCGAGUGUAGGGCAGAUAUUUGAAUCCUUGGGUGGCGGAGUACGAGCUGAACAUGGGGUAGAAGGGAGAGAUGCCAAGUAUUUGCUAGAACUGCAAGAUUUGCUAAAUGCCGUUACGAUGAAUUUGAGGGAUGUUGAGGCGGCUAUCAAUGUCUUAACACCCCCAGCUGGUCCAUUUAAUCUGGGCAACUCAUCAUUCUUAUCCCAGGAGACCACACAGGACCGUCAGGCUCUGUAUUCGCAACUGGUCAACAGCUACAAAUGGAUUGAUAAAAUCCGGGAGCAUAGCAAUUUGGCAGCUAAUCUCUUGAGUCACAAUGCCCUCAAACGGUCCUACUCGACGAAUUCAACCAAAAGGCGACGUCCUCUGACUUCCAGCCACAAUGUUUUGCCUCAUCAUGUGGAUCAGGCUAUCUCGCAGAUAGAUCGCAACUUCACUGACAUGACCCUCAAGAUUUGGAGGCCCUUUGCUACAAAUGUGAUCCUCCAUAUUAGCCUCAGCAGAGUCCUGAAAGCUGCAAUAGUUUUCAAAGGAUUGAUGAUUGAAUGGGUGAUUGUCAAAGGAUUUGAAGAGGCUUUGGAUGAUGUUGAUGACUUGUGGACAGAAUCCAGGCACAAAGUCUUCCAGCAAGUUCGUGAUCACACCCAUUCAGCUAUGCUCCAUUUCUACUCGCCAACUCUUCCUGAACUUGCCGUUCGCAGCUUCAUGACAUGGAUUCACAGCUAUGUCACCCUCUUUUCUGAUCCUUGCAAAAAAUGUGGUCUCCAUCUUCACAAUAGCCUUCCGCCAACUUGGAGAGACUUCAGGACACUGGAACCAUUCCAUGUUGAGUGCAAACACUAAUUUCUGGCCAACGUAACGUCUCAAUUUUAAUGAAAGGAAUAAAAAAAAGGAUAAUACAAGAAUGAAGAAUGCUUCGGAGUAAAGUAAGUUCCCAUUUUC